CAGUGACACAACAUUUGCUAACAGCAGCCGUUUUAUCCCGUUUGUUGAAUCUUUUCGUCACAAAUCACUUGCCAUAUGAAAAAAUGGAGCCCGCAUGUCGAAAGGACAAACAGAAACAGCAAACACCGACCCGAGGAGACCGAACCAAACAGAAAUCAGCUCAACAAGAGCUCAAACAGAGGCAGAGAGCAGAGAUUUACGCCCUAAACAAAGUCAUGACUGAACUUGAACAGCAGCAGUUUGAGGCAUUCUGUAAGCAGAUGCAAACACAAGGGGAAUGAGGAAAAACUCUGUGAGGGUCGCCAACGGCAUCAUUGAGAGCAAACAUAUGCACAGAUAUUAUGACCUUUUAUUUAGUUUUUAUUAUUGUAAACCAUAUAAUAACUGUUCAGCCCAUGUCAUCCAAACCACAAUGUAUUAAUCACUAAUCAGAGAGUGUUUGGUUGUAUUGGAGCUAAGUUCUUUAAUUGUGAAGGAGUGCACAAUUGCUUAUCAAAUGUUGGACAGUAUUUACAUAACUGUUACAAAGCUGUAAUGACACCACGUUUUAUUUAUCACACACCCACUCUUGUAACAAAGAAAAAGAGUAUUGAGUUUUUGUCAAUUAUGUCAAUUAUAAUUAAAGCAUUUUUCUAUGACAUACAAAAAUGAGAAAGUAUUUUAUCUGUGACUGCAUAACAUCAAUUUAGAUGUAUCUGAAGGAUAAAAAAAAAAACUAAAUAAAAUACUGUCUCUUAUCAUUAAAUGGAUAGUUCACCCAAAAAUGAAAAUUCUCUCAUCAUUUACUCACCCUCAUGCCAUCCCAGAUGUGUAUGACUUUCUUCUGCUGAACAUAAAUUAAUAUUUUUAGAAUACAUUUUUUUCUGCAAGCGAAUGGGUGCCAGCGUUUUGACGUUCCAAAAGUACAUAAAGGCAGCAUAAAAGUAAUCCAUACAACUCUAGUGGAUAAAUCCAUAUCUUCAGAAACAUGAAAGGUGUGGGAGAGAAAUGGAUCAAUAUUUAAGUGCUUGUUUUCACCAUAAAUCUCCACUUUCACUUUCAUUUUAACAUUCUUCUUUUGUUUUUGGCGAUUCACAUUCUUCGUGCAUAUCGCCACCUACUAGGCAGGGAGAAGAAUUUAUAGUUAAAAAGCACUUUAAUAUUGCUCUGCUUCUCACCUACACCUAUCGCAUCUUAAGAAAUGUAUUUUAACCACUGGAGUCUUAUGGAUUACUUGUAUGCUGCUUUGAUGUAAUUUUUGGGCUGUCUAAGUUCUGGUUGCCAUUCACUUGCAUCUUAUGGACCUACAGACCUGAUAAAUCUUCUUCUAUAAAACUUUGUGUUCAGCAGAUGACAGAAAGCCAUACAAAUCUGGGAUGGCAUGAGGGUGAGUAAAUUAUAGAAAAAAAUGUUUUUAAGUAAACCAUCUCUUUAAGUUUAUUUUUUCCAUGUGUAACGUACUGUGAUGGCUAAUGUUCCUUUGACCAUUACCAGUUUUUGUAGUGUUUGUUUGUUUUAAAAUAAAUCUUAGUGUUAUUAAGGAUAGUUUGUAGAUGGCCUUUUGUUUUUCAAAAUGUGCAUGUGGACUUUUUAUCAUUAUCACUCUACAUUUAAGGGCAGGUGGAGCUGCGGCUCACAAGAUGUUGUGCAAAAUGCUUGGUAUCAUCUUAAAUGUAUUUAAAGAAAUAUUAUAAUUUCCACAUAUUAACCUUGUUUGAUAUCCAUUACACAAAACAGUAAUAUAUAUAUUCUUUUUAGAAAUUCUAUA